AUGUCAAGAGCCAAUAGCCCCGCAGCUCCACAAGGAAAUAACGCAAACCCACAAGUGCCAAAUAACAUUGAAGGGCCCAUGAGGAGGCCACGGGAUGAAAAUGUAGCACCUCCUCCUGCUCAGCCUCCACAGAUGCCGCAGAGAUAUAAAAGAUUUUCUGAUUGGAAAAUGAACAGUACAGUGAGGGAUUUUUUGCUGGAAGAAUAUGCGACAUUGCCCAAAAUGAAUCUGCAUGACUUUUUGAAUCAAUGCUUCUCAAACACGUAUAACACAGUGAAUGUGUCAAUGGAAACGUUUGUUAAGAAUCCUGAAGAUUAUAUUAAGGAUGCCGAGAUUCUUGAGGAUAUACAGGAUACGGAUGAGUUUCAAUUACUGAGGGCAGAUAUUUAUCUCUCUGAGGAAAAAAUUUUUACCAUCAGCGAUUGGGUGAACGGUGCAACUCCAGAAGUGAAAAACUCCAUUAGCCCCGUAGCAAGGGGAAGGUUGAAUGCAGUACAACAUGCUGUCACGGAAUCAGAAGUAUGGUUUCUGCCGCGUGUUUCUGUCAAAAGUUGUCGAGAUGUUUACGAUUCUUUUUACAAUGCGAAAUGGAGUUAUGUGAUGUCGGGUUAUGAUGCGGAGCCACUUGGAAUGAAGGUAUUCGAUGGAAGGCCGCAGCGCAUAUGGACGGAGGCAGAAUUGAAUAUAACUCCUAAAACUGCCGAUUUUGAUGCAAGAGUAAAGGAAGGAUCCAAUGGUUUGGAGAUUUUUGUUCUUACGUCGGAGAAGGGUUGGCCAUACAACAGGUUUGUAUUGGGUUACACUGAGAGAUGCAAGACAAUUUGCAAGCAUGUAUAUAUCCGUCGUGAAAUUAUGCGCGUGUGGUAUAUAAUCCAACGAGGUCUGAAAGCAUGGUGGAUGGAAGCAACAGCUGAGGGUCCACCAAUACAUAUUAUUAUUGGCACGUCUGGAAUUGGUAAAACAUGUGGCCUUGGAUCAUUUUUAUUUUAUUCACUGCUUCACUUCAAUGAAGGAAUGCUUGAUGUUGUUGCAUAUUUCUUGGAGGAUGCUGCCUUCCUGAUAUACAACCGAGAGGGUGAGGAAAGAGGGACUGUUGAUGAAUACGAACGCUGGGAGUCUGCCGUUGCUGCCAUAAAUAAAAUGAAAUUUGAAAACAGAGGACACAUUAUUAUGGACACAAGGUAUGCAAUGGAGAAACUAUACACUCAACUUCCCUCUGAUGUUUGGAGUGUAACUUUCCUCACUUUCCCUAAAAGUGCCCAUUUUGAUGAGUGGAGUGCAAAUAAGGGAGGCCACCAAAUUAUUAUGAACUGCGAUGAUGUGCGUGACAUGAAGGCAUUUAUGGCAUGGAAAAAGCUGUCAAUACAUACAGGAGAAAAGGUGUCCAACAGAAGAAGAUACGAAUUGAAGAGAGAAAUUGAAGAUGAGUGGAAAAUAGUGGAGGGACGCAUUAAUUUAAUUGGACCGCUGCCUCGUUAUAUAUUUGGUUUAGGUUGUUAUGAGUGGCAUCUGAAAAGAGUGUAUGAUGCGUUGAGAGCUAUGAAGAAAUCUGAUAAAUAUUGCUAUAAUGAUAUUAUUGAACACACGGCUGACUGGCGGAACGAUGAAGUUAUGAACAAGUUGGUGAAGAUUGUAAGAGUAAAAGGAAAUGUUGGAGGAGUCGAAUCAUACAAAUGUCAAGCCCUAUCGCUGAUGAUCAGAAAUAUGAUGAUGAAUUAA